UGAAUCAUAACAAUUAACAUCGCUUUGCAAUGUUAUGCCAAUUGAAUUAUCGCGGUUGGUGACAUUAUACAAAUCAGUAUAUAUCAGUAUUAAAAUCAAAUUCUCUAAUGAAUUAGGUAUGAACCGAAAAUAUAAUUGCAAAAACACGGUGCCUAAGUAUGAUGUACCAAUAUAUCAAUAUUAACAUUGCCUAGUGCAUAGAAUCGCAUGAUACGUUUUCCCCGCAGACAUGUUGUGCAUUAAGGAUAGAUUGCAACGCGUGACGUGCAUAUCUAAUGACGUGUUAGCAGCAGCGUACGUGCCUGUAAUGACAGUGGAUCCAGUCCGAGCUAUUCCUGGAAUUUAUUGCGGGAAUCCAUACAGACAACCCUUGACCCGGAAGCUGUAGGUUCCCAAUAUUUUCAUGUCGAUGCUGUUUGUGUACAUGAAGAGGAUGGCGUAGGUAUCCCCUGCACUGUAGCGAUGCUUUGAUCAAAUUUCAGCGAUCCGUCAAGAGAGAUGAUCCCGAUGUUGUGGGGAAGACUCUCGCCGACCUUCAGGGCCAACCUGGCCUCUCCCACCCGCGGGAAUCCUCCUCCAGCGCCGCAGCGGAGGCCCAAGAAGAAAUGGUGGGGAGAUGGCGGCAAAUCCCACGGCGCGCUGCUCAUCUUAAUAGAGGUUGGCUUCGUUUUUGCCGUCAUAGGACUCAUCAUGAGCUUGGUGGCCUUCAACAAAAUCACGAAUCCGAAAGACAACUCUGGAAAAAUCGUGAACAUGAAAAUUACAGGGUUGUUUUUCCUCUGUUUUGGAGUGCUGCUGCUCGUGCCCAGUGGAUGCGUGUUCAUGUGUCGAUUUACGGGAGUCGAGGGCUCCCGUAAGAGGUCCCAGAGGGGGGCGGAGCAACAUGAACAACGCGCCGGGAGGCGAGCGAGGGAACGCGGUAGGGAGAGGUGCCGUGCGGCGUCGGACGGAAACACGGAUGUCAGGGAGACUGAAGGGGAAGAGGAUGAACGCUCCCGGGACAGACGAAGGUCUAACACUGAGAGAAGAUCUCCACGGCCUACGUUGAGACCCCUCACACGUUCCCGUGACCGCAGUCGAACUCAAGGACAGUGUCGAGCUGGUUCCGACGACACCCUAAAUCCUGGUCACAACGUCAGCCGCUCUACAUCAGUGUCACCCUCACGUUCUAGAGGCCGUUCGCCCCCAGGACCACCCCCUCCGGCAGACUUCAGCUUCCCCCCACCCCCGCCUUCUUACGCGUCCGCCAUAAACUUGAGUGACGUCAUCAACGAAUCCGAGAGAGGGUCAUCCAGUCGUGCAAGCGCAGAUGCUACAGCAUCCCACCCCCUGCGACGGCAGUCAGCCACCAAUCAGCCACCAACGUACAGUUCUGUGGCAGACCUGAACGAAGUUACUAUUGAAGUAGGAGUGCCAAGAAGAGACUCGGUUGUUCGUUACCAGGCAACGAGUGACAACAACGGACAGGUCGAUUCCCCAAGCGCCCCUCCCCCGUCAUAUGAAGUGGCUCUGGCCUCGGGAGACGAAAGGAAUGAUGGGGCAAUCGACUCUCAAAUCGUGUGAUGGAUUCGCCAUAUUGGAAACUGAACUAUUCUGUGCAUCCGUCAUACUGUCUUCCUAUGGUAAGACAGCAAAAAACGUCAUACAUUUACUUCACAAUAUUGGCAAUUGUUGCUUCAUCUUAGCAACAUGAAGACUAGGCUUACAGCAUGUGCAUUCCAAAAUCACUUGAUUUUUGGAGAUGAAUGCCAUCUAUCAAAAAGUUAUGAUCCUCUAGUAAUUAGAAGAUGAAACCUAAAAUUGGAAGAUGCAGUGUAGUCGAUAUAGACUACAUUUAUCACCUUUGUAUACGUCCUCAGAUAUCAUUAUUUGAUAACGGACGUUAGAUACACCCAUAGGCAGUCUCCGUCUUCAUGUCUACCUUGUCCCCACAACGACCAGGUGGUCAAGGGACUAAAUAGGUAGGUAGGUUUGAUACACAAGAGCUCACUGACACUGGAUUUCAGUUUGUCAUAGAGUGUCAGCCAUUUAGUUGAAUGACAUUUCGAAAAGCACGAUGGGAUGUGCUACAAACAAUCUACUGGCUCUACAACUGAUAAAUAAAUCGGGUUAGGAGGCAUAUUUGUCCUCAUGUUUGUAGAUAACUUGAAAUUUCAUCUUUGUUCUUAACACAAUGGAGAAUGAUCUUGACCUUACCAGCGACCCAUCAACUUUUGAACCAGCCCUCUGGUCUUCAUUCAGGACAGCGUAGGGGACCCAUUUGGAUAGAGUACGUCACCAUCCGGAAGUAAGAUGUGGCAAUAAAGGUGGUUGGAAGUCGGUGUCGGCCCCUGCUCUGUUAAAAAAAUGAUAAGUGACAUUUCUAUAUAUUGAAGUCAAGUAAACGUUUUCUUCUUAAUAUUUGUAUGUACAAAUGUAGUUGAUAUAGAAGAUGGUUCUGCAUUAUGGUUUUGGAAAUGUGGCGGUGAACAUAGUUGGAAGAAAAUGUUUGGUAGGUCGAAAGUUGGCGUUUUCUCCAAGAGAAAAGCCUUGGUGUGUAGCACAUUAAAUUAGACAUACGGGAGUCGGCGAAGCUGACAGGUAUGUUACGUGGGCGGCAUCUGGCGUCAUAAGUACAAGUGAUAGAUGAUGAGUGUAACAGUCUUAUCUGACUAUGAACGUACGUGUUUUAUUCAAAUGAGUUCCAUUACAGUGCAAUACAGUUAGCUAUCAUGGUGUAUGAAAGUACUGUCCAAUUCGAUCUGUAUGUAUUAUUGUUUGCCUGUAUAGACACAUCAGAUUCGAUGAUCAAUGUGAAUUGUUGCGUAUCUAUAGGAUGUGAUGAAAAAAAUACAUUUGAUUUUAUUAGAUUAGAGUGUUAAAAGCACAUCUGGCUAACAUGUUAUCAACCUUUUUUACGCUGGAUUCAAAGGGCAUUUCUCAAAACAAUGUUUCAAGGAUCAUUGCAAAGAACAUUGCAACACAACACACUGUCCAAGACUUGUGUCCAGACUAAGACGCUGUUCAAGACUAUUAUAUGGUAUUCCAUAACUACUUACACCAUUUCUUCAGUCGGGAAAAGUAUAGGUGCAACAUUGUGUAAAACUUUUGUCAUAGAUAUAUCAAUUAGGAUUUUACCAUGGUCAAUAUUGACCGAAGGAGGCCAUAUAUAGAUAUCUCUACAAUAAUGGCAAUAAAAGAUCUGGCUCUGAAA